AUGCUGUCACGUGUAGGACUCUCUGCGCUGCGCAGUGUGCGCUCAAUGGCAACGGACGCCAAGAAGGCGCCAGCUGCUUCAGUUGGUCAGAUCACGCAGAUCAUUGGUGCCGUUGUGGACGUUCAGUUUAAAGACAAUUUACCGCCUAUUCUAAACGCUCUUGAGAUUAAGACCCAAGAUGAUACACGUAUUGUACUAGAGGUUGCUCAACAUUUGGGAGAGAAUACGGUUCGAACCAUUGCAAUGGAAGGCACGGACGGUCUCGUACGUGGUCAAGAAUGCGUGGACACGGGCAAUCCAAUUAUGGUUCCCGUGGGUCCAGAAACCCUUGGCCGUAUCAUGAAUGUGAUUGGUGAAGCUGUUGAUGAACGUGGACCUAUUAAUGCCAAGCGUCAUGCUCCUAUUCAUGCGUCAGCUCCUUUGUUGACCGAGCAGGGUUCGGGGGCUGAAAUUCUGGUUACGGGCAUGAAGGUUGUGGAUCUAUUGGCUCCAUAUGCUAAAGGCGGUAAAAUUGGUCUCUUUGGUGGUGCUGGGGUUGGCAAGACGGUUGUGAUCAUGGAGUUGAUUAAUAACGUUGCCAAUAAUCACGGUGGUGUCUCGGUUUUUGCCGGUGUGGGUGAACGUACCCGUGAAGGAAAUGAUCUGUACUAUGAAAUGAUUGAAUCGGGUGUGAUUAAGAUCAAUGACGAUGGUACGACAACUGGUUCCAAGGCUGCUCUUGUGUACGGCCAGAUGAACGAACCCCCUGGAGCUCGUGCUCGUGUUGGGUUGACUGGUCUUACGGUUGCAGAGUACUUCCGUGACGUGGAAGGUCAGGACGUGCUGCUUUUCGUUGACAAUAUUUUCCGUUUUACGCAAGCGUGCUCGGAGGUGUCGGCUCUUUUGGGUCGUAUUCCAUCUGCUGUGGGUUACCAGCCAACGCUCGCCACGGAUCUGGGUGCUCUCCAGGAGCGUAUUACCUCGACCAAGAAGGGUUCCAUUACCUCUGUGCAGGCCAUUUACGUGCCAGCUGAUGACCUUACGGACCCUGCCCCGGCCACGACGUUCUCCCACUUGGACGCCACGACCGUGCUGUCGCGUCAGAUUUCAGAGCUGGGUAUCUACCCGGCUGUGGACCCGCUCGACUCCAAGUCGCGUAUGCUUGACCCUCGCAUUAUCGGUCAGGAGCACUACGACGUGGCCCGUGCCACCCAGAAGCUGCUGCAGGACUACAAGGGUCUGCAGGACAUUAUCGCCAUUCUUGGUAUGGAUGAGCUGUCGGAAGAUGACAAGCUCACUGUUGCCCGCGCUCGUAAAGUGCAGAAGUUCAUGUCGCAGCCGCUGCACGUUGCUGAGGUGUUCACUGGCAAGCCUGGCAAGUUCGUGCCGCUCGUAGACACGAUCUCGUCGUUCAAGGACAUCAUUGCCGGCAACUACGACGACCUUCCGGAGGCUGCCUUUUACAUGGUUGGCGGUAUCGAUGAAGUAAAGUCAAAGGCUGCUGCUUUGGCGGCCGAGCUUGACGAAUAA